AAUUGAUUAAAUAAGAUUUCAGUCGUUCAGCAGCAAACUCCUCCUCUCUGACUGCUAUUAGGUUGUUUGAGCAAAACUGCUCUAUUCUCAUCACUUCAAAAAGCCCUCGGAAUUCGUCCCAAAAUCAAGUGAAGAAGAUGGCGGUCGGAGCAAAGAAGGAGGAGGAAUCCAUCGAAAUCGUGAAGCCUCGCAAUGAUAAAAGAGAGUACCGAAGAAUCGUCCUCGACAACGCUCUCCAAGUCUUGCUCAUCAGCGAUCCUGAAACUGACAAAUGUGCGGCUUCAAUGGGAGUUGGUGUUGGUGCUUUUAGUGAUCCUGAGGGCCUCGAAGGCCUCGCCCAUUUUCUUGAGCAUAUGCUAUUCUAUGCAAGUGAGAAGUAUCCUUUGGAGGAUAGUUAUUCAAAGUACAUUACCGAGCAUGGUGGAAGUACAAAUGCUUUCACUUCUUCGGAGCAAACGAAUUUCUAUUUCGAAGUCAAUGCAGAUUGUUUUGAAGAAGCUCUGGACAGAUUCGCCCAGUUUUUUAUUAAACCGUUGAUGUCACCUGAUGCUACAACAAGGGAAAUAAAAGCUGUUGAUUCUGAGCACCAGAAGAAUCUACUAUCUGAUGCUUGGAGAAUGAGCCAGCUUCAGAAACAUCUCAGCACAAAGGGACAUGCAUACAACAAAUUUAGCACAGGGAGCUGGGAAACCUUGGAGGUGCGGCCAAAAGCAAGGGGUUUGGAUACCAGACAAGAACUUCUCAAAUUUUAUGUAGAAAAUUAUUCAGCAAACCUCAUGCAUCUGGUUAUUUAUGCAAAGGAUACUCUAGAUAAAGCUCAAACACUGGUAGAAAACAAAUUUCAUGAAAUCCAAAACAUCGAUAAAAGCUCCCCCAGAUUUACUGGGCAACCUUGCAGCUCAGAACAUCUUCAGAUUCUCGUCAAAGCUGUUCCAAUCAAGCAAGGUCAUAAGCUGAGAAUAAUAUGGCCAUCAACUCCUGAGAUUCGUUAUUAUAAGGAGGGACCAUGCAGGUACCUGGGUCACUUGAUUGGACAUGAAGGAGAAGGAUCUUUAUUUUAUGUUUUGAAAAAAUUGGGGUGGGCGACAAGUUUAUCUGCUGGUGAUUCAGAUUCGACAAAUGAGUUCUCAUUCUUCAAAGUAGUCAUUGAAUUGACUGAUGCUGGUCAUGAGCAUUUUGAGGAUAUUGUGGCGCUGACAUUUAGAUAUAUUCAGCUUCUUCAAAAAUCUGGUACCUGCAAAUGGAUAUUUGAUGAGAUUUCAGCUAUCUGUGAGACUGCUUUUCACUAUAAAGACAAAAUUCGUCCAAGUGACUAUGCUGUGAAUAUUGCACUAAAUAUGCAGUGGUAUCCCCCACAAGAUUGGCUAGUAGGAUCAUCUUUACCUUCAAAGUUUAAUCCAGGGAUCAUCCAGUCAAUCUUAGAUGAGCUUGUUCCCAGUAACGUCAGAAUCUUUUGGGAGUCUACUAAGUUCGAGGGGCAUACUGAUAUGAAAGAGCCUUGGUAUGGAACUGCAUAUUCUGUUGAGAAAAUAACGAGUGCCAUGAUUCAGGAAUGGAUGGCAAAAGCCCCCAAUGAGGAUCUACAUCUUCCAUCCCCCAAUGUCUUUAUUCCAACUGAUCUAUCCAUAAAGGAUGCUACACAAAAGACUGCUUAUCCCCUAAAUCUGAGGAAAUCAUCAUAUUCAAGGCUGUGGUACAAGCGUGACACGGUUUUUCUGACUCCAAAGGCACAUGUUAUAAUAGAUUUCAACUGUCCCUGUGCUGGAAAUUCUCCUGAAGCAGUAGUUCUUACUGAAAUUUUUACACGAUUGUUGAUGGAUUAUUUGAAUGAAUAUGCCUAUGAUGCACAGGUUGCUGGCCUUUAUUAUGGAGUCAGCAACACAAACAAUGGUUUUCAGGUGACUGUGGUUGGAUAUAAUCACAAAUUGAGGAUAUUGCUCGAUACCGUUAUUGAAAGAAUUGCUAAAUUCGAAGUAAAACCUGACAGGUUUUCUGUAAUUAAGGAAUUGGUGACGAAGGAUUACCAAAAUUUCAAGUUCCAACAACCUUACCAGCUUGCUAUGUACUACGGCUCAUUGAUUGUACAUGACCAAGCAUUGCCGUGGGAUGAGGAACUCGAAGUUCUUCCACAUCUUGAAUCUGACAACCUUGUUAGAUUCUACCCGCAGAUGCUAUCAAGGACCUUCUUGGAAUUUUAUGUAGCAGGAAAUAUUGAACCAAAGGAAGCAGAAUUAAUGGUGCAGCACAUUGAAGAUAUGUUUUACAAGGGUCCUAUGUCUUUGUCCCAGAGUUUAUUUGCUUCUCAACACUUGACUACUAGAGUUGUUAAGCUUGAGAAGGGUGUAAGUUACUACUAUACUGCUGAAGGCCUUAAUCCAAGUGAUGAAAAUUCUGCCUUACUGCAUUAUAUUCAGGUGCACCAAGAUGAUGUUCUGUUGAAUGUUAAACUUCAGCUAUUUGGUCUAGUUGCCAAACAACCAGCCUUCCACCAGCUAAGAUCUGUUGAGCAGCUUGGUUACAUUACUGUGCUUAUGCAAAGGGAUGACUUUGGUGUUCGAGGAGUACAAUUUAUCAUUCAAUCUACAGCGAAGGGUCCAAAACACAUCAAUUCCAGAGUGGAGGCAUUUCUCAAGAUGUUUGAGAGUAAACUUCAUGAAAUGACCCCUGAAGAAUUUAAGAGCAAUGUCAAUGCACUUGUUGAUUUGAAGCUCGAGAAGCACAAGAAUUUACAUGAAGAAACACGUUUCUACUGGCGGGAAAUAUCAGAUGGAACCCUGAAAUUUGACAGGAAAGAACUCGAGGUCGCAGCAUUGAAGCAACUGACCAAAGAGGAUCUGAUUGGAUUCUUUAAUCAAUACAUUAAAGUUGGCGCCCCACAAAAGAGUUCUUUAAGUGUGCUAAUUUAUGGAAGCUCGCAUAUCUCAGAACACAGUAAAGAUAAAUCCGAGUUGGGUGAGCCGGACAAUGUUGUGAUAGAGGAUAUAUUCAGCUUUAAGAGAUCCCGCCCUCUUUUUGGUUCAUUCAAAGGAGGCAUUGGUCUUGUGAAAUUAUGAGUGCAUUUCCAUUUUGGAGAGAUAAAUUGCCUAUAAACUUCACAUGGAGCUCAGCUACGGAGUGCAUAUUAUCUUCUUUCGUCACAGUUUCCAAUGAACGUUAGAGUUGACGAGGUUGGCGAACAUUAGAUUGUGUCAGUUGUUUGUGACCUCUUAGAGAUUAUGUUUCCUGCUUAGCUUUAGGUUAGAUUUGUGUUUUUGCAUUUUGUAAGACUGAAUGGUUUUACUGUGGGGGUGUAUUCUGUGAACAUCCUCAUCACUUGAGUGGCGGUGACUGGUGAAUGUGCGCUCGUGCUCGGGGUGAUGAAAAAUAUCAUAAUGGAGGAAAUGAAAUGAAUCCAGAAGUCCAACAAACACAAAUGCCCAAAACAGCAGUAUCCAUUAAGAGACAAGAAGAAAGUUUACUAUGAUGUCCAUUCUCUCUCUAAAUAAUAUAGGGAGAUAACUGGUUGUUAGGGAAAUAAGUCAGAUAUAAUAAUAAGAGAUUGUUUGGUUUUUAGUUAUGUAACGCAGUAGUCCAAAUGUACAACUAGGACACUUGUCAAAGCAAAAUUCCUCGAGACUCCAAUAAUGCCACAUCCUAAACCUAUUCCGACUCGAACAUGUUCAAAUGUUGUAAAGUUUAGGGGUUCGGUCGUGACAGUUAGACGAGGGAUUCCUAAGAACGCGGUUCUCUUGCUUGAGAUAUCUUGUCGUACUCUUCUUGUUGCAGUCCUUCUAAAUCGGAUUCCAGCUUCCCAAAAGCCUCUUUGCUUAUGGCCGUAACUCUUAUUAUUAUUCACUUUAUAUCCAUAAUCAUAACCUGUAGACACAGUAAUCCAUAGAUUUUCCUUCGUAUUCGUAUCUUCUUCCUCCAUUUUUAUUCCUUUUUUAUUCGAAUUCUUUGCAGCGUGGAGUUGCAUUAAGUGGAAUGAAUUUUACCCCCUUUAAUUUUUUUUUUUUUAUUUUUUUUUUGCUUUUAAGGGUGCCAAUCCAAGCUAGUUGAGUUAAUUUAUUACUAGAUGUUUGGCCCAUGCAGAUGCCCG